AUGGCACUAAAUUUGAUCCAUUUGAAGGCGACAUCGGCUCGAAUCAACCACAAGAAACACCUCAGGUCAUUUUUUUUACACUUUUGAUCAUCAAAUCAUAUAAUAGAUCUAUAUUGAAGAUAGAUUUAAAGUUUAGUACAUAUAUUUACUCUGCAAAAAUUUUGUUAUAUUUUUCACCCUCUGAUGGCUAUUUUUAUCCCAUGUCUUUACGAUUUAAAAUCUGAGAGUUUUUGUGAAAUUAGAAACAUUGUAUUCUCUGAAAAAGUUUUUUGACUUCAAGAAAUGAAUGGAAUGUAAGAGGCAAGUAUUAAAAAAGAACAAGAAAAAAGUUUGAAGGAGCUGUUACUCAAUGAUAAGACGAUAAAAGAGAGUAAACAGCAGCUGAUGACCAAGAAAAAGUGAGAAACCUGCCGUACAGCCGGCUGGAAAGCGUGCAAUGGAAAAUGUCGGAGAAAAUGAACAGCUGACCCUCCCGUCUGAAUCUUUUCAUUUGCUUCACCUUGUUCCCUUCAAUAUCGAGCUCAGAAAAUGACCGUUUGAAAUUCAUUUGAUUGACGUUUUCUGAUGAGUCGAGAUGGUCAGUCUUACGGUCAAAACAAACUUCAAGCGUUGGGAAAAAAAAAAAAGAAAGAAAUGCCUGCAUUUUUUACUUGUGAUGCUUCAACAUUCUGCGGAGCCAACCAGUAUUCAAAAAUUUUUUUGAAAUAUUUUAAACUGCUCGCAGUUAUUGAAUUAGAAAUGGAUGGCUCAGAUGAAUCUAUAAUUUUUUCAAAAGUGAAGAAUGAACAAAAAAAAACCCUCAAGUUUCUUUUACUACGUCAUGUUUUGUAAACAGAAAAGCUUUAUGAAGUUUCAUUAAGAAAAGAAAAAAACUGAGAGGCCUUCUCUUAACUUCCAAGCACCUAAAAUGGUUUUAUUUGCAGAAUGAAAGUAUUGCUCCUUCUGUGGACAUCUUUGGCUACUGUAAUCCUGGCCGACGAGCAUCCUGUUCGUAGGUUUACGGUGGAUCUGGAUCGGCCGCCUUCUGAACGAUGGAAUGACGUCAUCGACGCGCAUCUCGACGCGAUUCCUGCCGUCGUCGCUGAGGCCAAGUCGGUUUUUCACAGUUAUGAAGUAUUGGUAGUUAUAAUAUAAUAGAUUAACCUUUAAAAAAGCUGAUUGACUCUCAAUUUUCGAUACUUUUCUGAAUUAUUUUCACCAACUUUCAUAAUUCAAUCAACUCGGGCACAUUUCUCACGGCGAGACCUCGUCCCACUUCGAACAUUAAGUCAUUUGUCUUAGGUGUUCUCGUUCUCAACGCAUAGUUAGAAUAUAUCUUGAAUUUCAAGAAGUUUGAUUCAAAAAGGCACACAGUAAUGGAAAAUGAAAUGAGAGAAGUUAGCAGUAUUCGCACUUUUAUUCAGUCUUCAGAUAAGAUUCUCUGCUGAAUCAUGAGAUAAUAAAGGAGUUUUUCGCCGGUUCGCGAGACUGUCGUUGAUCAAGAACGGCGCGUAGAGCAUCUCGCUCUUCUUGAGAUAGUAUUAGAAGAGUUUUGAGCGUUCCGACGAUCUCUGCUUCUCCAUGUAGGAACAGUACGGCGGCCAGCUUGUCCAGGGCUGGGCGUCAGAUCUCACUUGGGCAUGGUCUCCGCUCGACAACGAGUUGAGAAUUGAGACUUUGUGGAUGUAUAGGCCUAGGUGAGAGUACUCGGAAUCAAAAAUAAAAUUUUGCUAAACCCCUCAGGCAACCGAGAAAAAGCUCGUCGAAAUUUUCCCAGCGCGGAUAUAGCCGCGCUCAGAGCCUUCGGCUAGCAACUGGCGGCGUGGUGUAG